AUUUAGACAUACAUGCCUAGCGAUGAAGAGGAAGAGCAGAGAGGCAAAUGAUAUUCAUAUCUAACCCCGUAUUCCCGAAGCCUUAACCUAACCCUAGAUUUUCAAAGAUAACCCGCCAUUAGAACGCCUGGUAGAACUUACUUGAAUAUUCUGUUUUCCCAAAUGAAUGAUAGUAAUAAUGGCUAACAGGGAGAACAGAGAGCCAAGCACUGCUCCUCUACCUGAUAAAUGGUACGACCUAACCUUGGGUUCCUCCUUCAAAGAAGGCUCGACUGCAAAAUUCUGUACCCUAAGAUAUGAAUUCAAACCAGCUUCAAUCGACAAAAAUCAGGCAGGGUCGCUUCACAAGAAAAAGGACAACAGGGUCACAGUAGAGUUUCCGAACAACCAGCUUGGGAAGCCAAAUGUCAAAUUUGACGGCAGUAUUGAAGACUGUAAGGAUAACGAGGCAGUGUUGUUCUUCGACGGGCAUAGCUUUCGGCUUGAGCGAUUGCAUCGAGCAGUGAAGCGAUUGCGCCAUGUUCGCCUGCCUGGAGAGUCUUCUUCCUCUGCAACUGGUGUCAACUCCAUUGGAGGAGGAGCUCCUGCACCAUUGAUAAAUAAGAAUUUACUACACCCUGUGCCUGUUGCGGUGGAGCGAAUAGAAAUAGGUGAAUCAGAACUCCCAGGUGUCAAGCCCACCACUAAGUUCAAUGAUCAUAUCAAUGCUCCAAAUCUGUUAACGACAUCCCCUGAGGGCCUAAAGAACAGUGACCCAGAGGAAAAUGUGGAUUUAAUAUUCGAUGACAGUGACGGAAAGAAUGACAAAAUGGAAGCUAUUACACAAGAUGCCAACCUUAACAAUUCCAAUGCCCAUAAUCAAAACGAUACAGAUGAUGAGAUUGCAGAUGUGGACUUGAGUGAUGAUGAGGCUGACAAGGGGCCUAAUGCAGCAGAGGCGCUGAGGGCCCAAGUGUAUGCAGCUGAAGAGAGUGAAGGAACAAGCUCGAGUUCGAGUGGGAGUAGUGGAAGUGGAAGUAGUGGGAGUGGGAGUGGAAGCGGGAGUAGCAGUAGUAGUGAUAGUGAAGGUAGCGAUGAUGAUUCAGUCAGUGUUGGGGCAUAAUCUUUUUUUUCUUCUUCUUUGUUUGGUCAGGAGUCGUGAUGUGAUUGAAUGAGCGAGAAGUGGGGGAUUUUCUUAAUUACCUUUUCUUUGGGAAGUUUUGGUGGGAGUGUAAAUAGUAUAUCUAUAUAGUUUCUUCUAACUUCUUGUAUAUGAAGUAUGGGUGGGGAUUUAUAUUUUUUGUUUUUGUUUGGUGAAUGGUGUGUGGGGAACUUCUUGAGAGGCGACCUAGUCAAUGAUGCUCGACUUCGAGGUUUUGAUGGAAGUCAUGCACUAGUGCUUGUUUAAUGGUCCAUUGUGUGUGGGUGUGAUGUUUGAAAGCUCAUGCAGAUUGGAGGGAUAGAGAAUUGGGCACUGAAUGGGACAGAGCAACCUAUUUUAAGUUGUAAUAUGAAGCACCUGGUAAAUUUUGAAUGAGGCCAUCGGAUAUCUUGGUCUUUCUGGCGUAAAUGAUAUAGUAAUAUCUCUCUCUCUC